AUGCUUCUCUAUCUACCAGCUAUUUGCAGCCUAUCCUUGCUCAACAUAGCUUGGGCUGCUUCUCACGUUCGUCCACGCUACCCUUACGGUCCUGGCCCUUCCCGAUGGGCGAAACGCGCUGUCACGGCACCUCAAACCCAGCCAUGGCACAAGAGGCAGACCAUCUCUGGCAACAACAACGGCACCAAUAGCAUAGGCGGAUGUCCUGGCAACACUGCCAGCGACCGAGGUUCCUGGUGUGAUUUCUCGAUUGACACCAAUUGGUAUCUUGAAGUUCCCAACACCGGCAGAACUGUGGAAUACUACUUCGAGAUGGUGAACACUACCCUUUCCCCAGACGGUGUGCCCAAGAUUGUUUUGACUGUGAAUGGGACCAUGCCUGGGCCUGUCAUUGAAGCAAAUUGGGGGGACGAAGUCGUGGUUCACUUCAAGAACAACUUUGAAAACAAUGGCACCGGCAUCCAUUUCCACGGCAUUCGUCAGAAUUGGACAAACCCAGAAGACGGCGUACCUAGCAUCACGCAAUGCCCCACCGCACCAGGCGAGACUGUGACUUACAGGUGGAGGGCAACGCAAUAUGGAUCAAGCUGGUACCACUCUCACUUUGCUGUGCAGGCAUGGGACGGUGUCUUUGGACCAAUCGUCAUUCACGGCCCAGCAUCAGCAAACUACGACGUCGAUCUCGGGAGCAUGUUCCUCCAGGACUGGACCCAUGACACGGCAAGCUCACUUUACUCAAUUGCUGAGACUCAAGGACCACCACCAAUGGCCAACGGCCUCAUCAACGGAACCAACAUUUUCGGCGACGGAGGAUCUCGUUGGGAGGCUUCUGUGGAAGCAGGCAGACCUUACCGCCUUCGACUCGUCAAUCCAUCGGUCGACACAUUCUUCGCCUUCUCGAUCGACAACCACACUCUUCAAGUCAUUGCCACUGACUUCGUUCCAAUUGUCCCAUACGAGACUGAUGUCAUUGGUCUUGGUGCCGGUCAACGAUACGAUGUCAUAUUUACUGCCAACCAGGAGGCUAUUGCUAGUGACUUUUGGCUACGAGCAGUGCCUGACAACGUCUGCAGUGCAGUGAACCAGAACCCAGACGACAUCAAGGGAAUCAUCCACUAUGGCGACAGCACGGGUACUCCAACGACAUCUCCAUGGACAUCAGACAACAGCUUCCUUGCGUGCCAGGAUCCACCGCUUGCCAGCUUGGUGCCUGUUGUUGAGAAGGAUGCUGGUGUCUCUGGUGUUAACAACAUCACAUUCUUCUCGGAGUGGGAGGAUCCAACAGCGCUUCAAAUUCUGAACGAGGACCACACCUAUGAAACACAGCAGGCCGUCAUCGAGCUUCCCAAUGCAGAUGAAUGGAUGUAUCUGAUCAUCCAACAAGCCAACACUGCACCUCAUCCUAUCCAUUUGCACGGCCAUGACUUCUGGAUCUUGGCGUCCGGCCCGGGUACAUACUCAUCGAACGUUCCGUUGCAGACCGUCAACCCACCGAGGCGUGACGUGGCCAUGUUGCCAGGUGCCGGUUUCAUUAUCCUUGGGUUCGAGACAGACAACCCGGGAGCGUGGCUAGUACAUUGUCACAUUGGAUGGCACACUUCUGAAGGAUUUGCGCUCCAAUUCGUCGAACGCAUCGAUGAGAUCGCGGAGCAAUACAAUGAGACUGCGCUCAGGGACAGCUGCGCUAAAUGGUUUGCGUAUGACGAAGCGACGAACCUCGAGCAGCACGACUCGGGUGUGUAA